UGUGUAGUUUACGCGACAAUACGCCCGCCUUUCUUUUAUAUAAACACAGAUUCAGGCCGCUACAUCGUAUUAAAAAAUAUAUACUGUGUGCUCCAACAGGAUACGUGCUAUUUUGCUGUCGGCUGGAAAACGUUUAGCAUGUACCGAUAAUGAUACAAUUAUUUCCUGUGUGAGGCUAGUUGGCGUUCUGUAUUAAUGUUCGCUUUUCGUUUCUUUGGCGUUGUAAUUGUGAUCUCCCGGCCUGUCCCUGCAAUUCAGACGGUAAUGAGAGCGACUCGCUGCCUGCAGCACCCAGAAGUGAACGGCAGGCGACCCGGAAGGUCUGAAUUCAGACUGAAGACGGGCAGAAAGAACAUCUCAACCUUUUUAAUAUAUAUAUUCAAAGGAUAAUAUCUGCAAUCGGAGAAAGCAGCAUGGCGGAGUCUCGGUUUAAUAACCCCUACUUCUGGCCUCCACCUCCCAGCAUGCCCAGCCAGCUGGAUAACCUGGUGCUGAUCAACAAAAUCAAAGAGCAGCUGAUGGCUGAGAAGAUCCGGCCUCCGCACCUGCCCCCCACCUCUGUCCCUUCCCAGCAGCCCUUGCUGGUGCCCCCAUCCCCAUCAGAAGGUGGGCAGCACAUGAUGUCCAUCCCCAAGCUGCAGCAGGUCCACGGGCUCCACUCUCAUGGGCCCUCGCAGCCGGACAUCGCCCUACACGCCCGGCCGGCGUCUAGUACUGUCUCAGGCCUUUUUCUUGGUGAUGUAAACUUUAAUCUGGAUGAUAAGACAUCUGUAAAAGCUAAAGGAUUGUGGGAGGACUGGCAUUUGCGUCAAAUCAUAGACCAACCUACUAGAAUGAACCAUCUAUCAGGGCUGACCCUCUCCUCCCGCUGCGGCGGCUUGAACACCUCAGAGGCCAUCACCCCAACCACGCCCACCUCCAGCAGCCAGAGCCGACUGGGCGGGGCCUCCUCACCCAACCUCAUCUCCGGAUUGGCCAGUGGCCCGGGCCUGGAACCAAUCAAGAGCGGCGGCGGCCUGUCGGGGCUGCUGGGAGCCCCUCCCAAACCGGAGCGUGGCCGCAAGAAGAUCAAAGCAGAGAAUUCGUCCGGCCCCCUGCUGGUGGUGCCCUACCCUAUCCUGGCUUCGGGAAACGACCAGUCCACUGUCACCAUCGCCUCCAAAGAGGGGAAAACGUACAGGUGUAAAGUGUGCCCGCUGACCUUCUUCACCAAGUCGGAUAUGCAGAUGCACUCCAAGUCGCACACAGAGGCCAAACCCCACAAGUGCCCGCACUGCUCCAAGUCCUUCGCCAACGCCUCCUACCUGGCACAGCACCUGCGCAUUCACCUGGGCGUCAAGCCCUACCACUGCUCUUACUGCGAGAAGUCCUUCCGCCAGCUCUCUCACCUGCAGCAGCACACAAGGAUUCACACUGGAGACCGGCCAUAUAAAUGCGCUCAUCCUAGCUGUGAAAAAGCUUUCACUCAGCUCUCCAACCUACAGUCUCAUCAGAGACAACACAACAAAGACAAGCCGUACAAGUGUCCCAACUGCUACCGAGCUUACUCGGACUCCGCCUCGCUGCAGAUCCACCUGUCUGCACACGCCAUCAAGAAUGCCAAGGCUUACUGCUGCAGCAUGUGCGGCCGCGCCUACACCUCCGAGACCUACCUAAUGAAGCACAUGUCCAAACACACAGUGGUGGAGCACCUGGUCAACCAUCACUCCCCUCCGAGGACGGAGUCUCCCAGCAUCCCCAUCCGCAUCUCCCUCAUUUAGAAGUGCUAGGAACCGCAGCCACGAGCCCAGGUCCUCGGUCAAGCUCUCGCUUUAUUAGGCGAACCAAUCACCAGUCGCUGUUUUCAAGUUUGGGGUCCUGAAAGAUGUGCCAGACUGUAUCUGUAUUUUAACAAAAAAAGAAAAAAAAUAUAUCUUUUAAAAAUUAUUUGGGGGACAUCCAAAGACAUUUUUUAGAGCACUUUCAGGCCUAUAAUAGUGGCCAAAAAUAAAUAGGUUUGGUUUCUGUUAAAACAGAAAAAAUGCUACAGGCAGCUAAAGGGUUUUGCCCAUAGGACUUCUAAGUGUGUGCGGCUUUCUGUCUGUCUCCAUGUUUUGGUUCUGAGUGGUGUGCUCAUUGGGCUCUUCUAUGGGUUUCACGGAGGGCCCAUUUCUCUCUCCCUAGUCGGAGAGCACUGGGAUAGACUGUCUAGGGCUGGUCCUAAACGGUGGCCAGUCUGCCCACAAGUACUCCUUCUAAAAGUAGGUCUAGUCAGCCCCUAACUGUGACUGUGCCCACGCAAGCCCCAGUGCCCCCACACUAACCACUACGACAGCACUGCCCCAGUGCCCCUAGAGCUGCUGUAUUCAGUAUCUGGCUUUGUUUGGACUAAUUCGGGGUCUAUACCUUGUUUAACCUGUACCUUUGAAAUAGCUUGGCCGAUUUCCCCAUGUGUCUGUUUCCUUUCAUGGCUAGAGAGAUUAGGAAGGGACUCGGGAGGGGCGGGGGGGAUUUUUUUUUCUGAAUAUCGGAAUCAGAAAAGAUUUCCUGUGGGAAAGGUUAAGAACCCUCUGUGUUUCCUCACAUAUCUAUUUUAGAGGAGAGCACUCGUAUACAGUAUCACCGGUACUGUCUAUCACCGGUACUUUUAAAAGCAGCCUUUUCACAUUUUUUAAAAUAUUCUAAAGUGUAUAAAUUACAUCAGAAAAUGUGCAUCUGUUAAAUCAAAAUUGAAAUAUUAAACAAUUUACACAGCAGUGUUUUUUCCAGGCAUGCUUGCAGGCAUCACGUUUGUUGUUUUUGGUUAACUGGAUGAUUCCCUAUUAUUUUAGUGUCGCAUUACCAUGAUCUGAGAAUUCCAAAAGGCGUCUGUUCUUCCUAGCAGUGUUUUUGCUUGUUAAAACUAGGGCUGGAAGUGCCAAAAGCGUCUAAAUACCGUCGUCUUUAAACUUGAAAUCCUGCAAUGCUUUACCCGUUAUUGUUAUCAAUACCACGUUGUACAAUAGCACAGUGGAGCAUAGUUACAAGUUAAAGGGUGGCAGUGUUCAGUCCGUGGCUGUCUUAGAAAAGCAGAAGCAUCCACUCUGGUGUUUUCUUAAGGCCUGCAGUGUUUCUGUACACGGUAUCCCCACUGUUUCUCGGGGGAGCACUUACUUGUAUCCAGUUUUUUAAAGCCUGUCGGAUCACAGACGCAGAAGCUGGCUCUACAUGUCUGAUCACACAUGCAGAAGCUGGCUCUACAUGUCUGAUCACACACACAGAAGCUGGCUCUACAUGUCUGAUCACACACACAGAAGCUGGCUCUACACAUGUCUGAUCACACACACAGAAGCUGGCUCUACAUGUCUGAUCACACACACAGAAGCUGGCUCUACAUGUCUGAUCACACACACAGAAGCUGGCUCUACAUGUCUGAUCACACACACAGAAGCUGGCUCUACAUGUCUGAUCACACACACAGAAGCUGGCUCUACAUGUCUGCUCCUCAAUGGAGCUUGAAGCCUGUAGAUUCCACAGACAGUGUGGAACUGAAACGCCCCGGAUAACCCUCAGUUAUACAAUUAUCGUUAUUUAUGUAAUUGUUAAAGAAAAGAAAAGAUUGCACAAAAGGGCUUUUUGUUCUUUUAAUGGGUGUCUUGUAAAUAAUGUCGCAAUAAUCAUGCCGUCUGGAGUGGCAAGUCUGAGUGCUGUUUACAUGCAGCUGUCAGCUGGCUUUGUCUUCACCUGAAUAUUUAUUAUAAAUCCUUCAACUGCCUCAAAGACUUAAGAUUGCACAUGCUGCUUCGGUCCGGUUUGAAAACACAGAGCGUGUUCUUUUAAAGAUGUUUGGGGAGUUGAGUAGCACAGAUACUUCUCUUUAUGAAGAUGAUGUCAGCUUGACGGAUCUGUUUUGGGUUGUCUCUGUUACAAGAGAUUCGUUAACAAGAUUUGAUUGCUUAAAUCAAUUAAAAUUCCAGUCUGGUAAUCAUAGGGGGAAAAAAAAUCAAGGAGUCCAUUUUGGAUUUCAUAUAAAAUGUGUAUAUUUGAAUCAGUUUUCUUUUAAAAAAUAACUUGAGUGUAUCAUGUAGCCAAGCUAAUAUUCUAUAUAAUAAGUAGUACUUUUGUGUCUUGAAUUUUAUAACUUUGGGAAAGGCUUUUUCUUUUGGUCUAAAUUAAAAUUGCAAGUACAAUUCUUUGUAAGUUCAACUUUCCUUUUAGUACGGGUGAUUUUAAAUAACUAUUCAGCAUAGAUUAUUUCUACUCAGACAUUCAAAUGAGCAUUUGUGUUGAAAGGCAGGUGUGCUGUCAAGAGGUUUGGCCUACAUCUCCCCCUACAGGCAAAUUUGGUGCAAAUUGCCAACUUCACACAAAGGCCCUCAGUAGGAAAUCAGACCAGAGCUGUCUGCCUGACAGACAGGUGUACUUUCUGUUCAAAUAAUAUCCCUUUGAAUUUGAAAAAGAUAAACUAAGUUUGCAUCCAUCGUGACCCCUGUAGAGAAGUUCUUUAUCCAGCAAAGACCAGGAAGAAAGAGGCGCAGGGUUUUUAAAAACCUGUGUCAGUUACAUUUGUCCAGAUAAAAAUGACAUUUCCCAUGACAUUGCUGGAGAUCCCAAGGUGGAGGGGUAGGUGUUUUCAGUACCAGCUCUUCUGUGUCCAUGAGAUCUUGUUCAGGUAGUAGGAUCCUGUACAGACUUUAUAUUGUAUAUAUAUACAUACACACACAUAUCUAUAUACAGUUGUAGUCAAAAGUUGACAUACCCCAAUGGAAAUUUAUAAUUUCUAGAAAUUUCUCAAAAACAACAAAUUUUAGGAAAAAUCUUUUGUAGCAAAAUAUUUGCUUUUGUGGAUGAGGAAAAAAAGUUACAAGAAAUAGAUGUCUACAAUUAUUUAUUUCAGCAAUUCCAAAAAUGCUAAUUCAAAAGUAUUCAAAGUAUUCAUACCCUUUGAUGCUAUUAUAGUAUUGUCUACAAGGUGCUAGAAAUUUCAAUAUGCAGAACCUAAUUCUAGAAGUGUAGACAAUGCUGGAAUGUAGGUGAACAUUCUUGGAGAGUAUAAAUGGGUUAGGCAUAGGAUGAUAUGCUGUCAUUACCAAUAAGUCAGAUAUGGGGAAAUGCAAAGAGCUAUCUGACAACCUUAGGCAGAAAAUUAUUUAUUGUCAUAAAGCUGUAGAAGAAUUGUGAGGAAGCUUAAUAACAAUUUGAGAUUGACUGCCAAAGAUAUUCAAAGUGAAUUGGGUGCAAGUGGGACUGGGGUUUCCAUUUCAACCAUAGGUCGAGUAUUGCAUGGUGAAGGUCUCAAUGGUCGCAGGCCAAGGAAAAUACCACUCUUAGGAAAACGUCACAAGGACAAUCUCUUAAGGUUUGCAAAAUGGCAUUUGGAUGAUGGAUAGGAGUUCUGGUCAAAGGUUUUGUGGAGUGACAAAUCAAAAAUCAAGCUAUUUGGUCCAGUAUAAAAGAUUCCUAUAAUUAUUUGCUUUCGAGAAAUUUCUAGAAAUUAUAAAUUUACAUUGGGGUAUGUAAACUUUUGACUACAACUAUGUGUGUGUGUGUGUGUGUGUGUGUGUGUAUGUGUGUGUGUGUGUAUAUAUAUAUAUAUAUAUAUAUAUAUAUAUAUAAACAUUCUGGUUUUAAUUCAGAAACACUGCUUCUACAAAAAAUUUUAUUUAAGUGAUUUUAAAGUGGACUUGGCUAGUUGGCACUUACUAGCUACUGAAACACUACUGAACUCCUGUUCUCUUAGUGUGCAUGAGCCCUGCGUAGCAAUUGAAGAAGGACGCCUGUUCUCUUAAUGUGUCAAAAUACAAGACAAUCUGAUGACAAGCAAGAACCAGCAAUGUUUAAUAGUUCCCGCUGGGACCAAAACAAUGCUAUAUAAAUGUUUUAAAAAAGCACUUUCUUUGUUCUAUUUGUUUAUUUUGUAUUAGUGCCAAAUAAGUCAGAAAUGUGCAAAGGGGCCAGAGAGAGUGGGUGUGGGUGUGCGAGGCAUCCUGUCAGGGUCUGUAGCUAGGCUUCUCAAAACAUGUUGUCAUGCACAUGAAGAGGCCUCCUAGAUAAAGACAUAGUGAUGGGCCCUCUCCAUUUCCAGAUGUUUCCAGACACUGUUUAAACACAGCUGGGGCUCUUUCAGUGGGUUGCUCGUGAUCACACAUUGCUGGUGUACAGCAUACCUGAAACCAUGCCCCUCCUGUCUGAAGCAUGGUUAUUCCUGUCUGAGGCUGUUUGUAAAGGGCAUUUAUUCAGGCAUUGCAGGCUUCUUUUCUAAAGACUACUGUGAUUCAGAACAUGUUCUAGUCAAUGAAUGAGUUAAUGUUGCUUCUAUGCGUAGUUAUCUUUUAAAACGGAAAGGCGUUGAGUAGUUACUGUUCGUGGUUCUGUUGCCAAAGGAAUCCUGGACUUGUGUCUGUGUGGUGAUUGGCCAGUGGAAGGUUUUUUAGACCUGAGCAUGUUCAUUUUUCACUUUUGCCUGAGCUGAAGUUUAGUCUAGGCAGUCCCUAAGCUAGCACAGGCAAUCCCAAUGGAAUGGAGGUAUUUAUCACAUUAAUAAAUGUCCAAUGGCAGUAUUUGCCCACUGUAUUGCACAGCACAGAGAUUGUGUACGUAUGGUGACGAAUACUGGUUGGUAUAACCAAGAUGUUUUUGCAGACUUUACAAAACAAAUUAUGUGAAGUGAAAAUAUGUUCGACUUUGAUCCAGAAACAUGAAAGAAACUUUUUCAAUGUAACUGUCGCUGACCUGUUUGCUUAUAAGAUAUUUCUUUCUGUCGGUUAAGACCUGUUGCCAUUUAAACGACAACGCGUCCUGUGUUUAGGUUCCACCCAGCUUUAUAGAAAUUACCUGAUACCUUGUAUCUCUACAGUCAGUGUUAGUAUUAUUUAUAGUCAGUUCUUUGUACAGUUACAGAAAAGUGUUCUUGUGAGUUCUGGGCAUGACAUGAUCCCUCCUCUUUGUAAUGACACUUCUCAGCUGGUUUACACCACCUGUGUCAUUCAUUUUUUCUUCUACAGUUUCCCAUGUCGCCAAUUAAACAAAACUUGUCAUUGCUGUUCGUUUCAGUGAAAGCCUUUUCUAAAGACAAAUCUGUCAUUGCAUCAAACAGUGUGCAAGUAAGUAACAUGUGCCCUGUUUGUGGUUUAUAUCGUUUUCAGUUCUGUUGCUCCAGUAUUGACUCAGCUCAGUAAAGUGCAGUGCAAAUCCGCUAUAGGGAAGAGUGAAUAAAACUCAAUCUUGCAGUAACAGGACUAAAUCAGAUAGUUUGAUCAAUUUACUCUUGGUAGGACUUGAGUUUUCAGGAGAUACAAAGUAGAAAGUAACCUUGGUACCUCUUUACUGGAGAAUGGCCCCUAUAUAGUAACAUAAUGUAUCUGCUGUGUAGAUAGCUCACUGGUGUAGGAAUGGACCCCUCCACACCCCUCACCACCCAUUCCCAUCCAGCUGGGCCUGCUGUAGUUUGUAGAAGGAUUCCAGUUCAGCUGUCAUCCCAGGACUCUGCUUGUGUGUCAGUCUUUAAGCAGUAGACCCUCACAUGGAAUCAGUGAAAAGAUGUAACUUUAAUGAAUGGCAUCCCUUUUUACCCUUUUUUAUAUUUUAAAUUACAAGAGUUGAGACCGCUGUCUGAGUGUCCCAUUUAAUCCUGUGUAGAUAUUUGUAUGUAUAAAAAAAGAUCUCAUAAUGUCAUGUAAUCUUUUUUCCUCCUGUUUUUUUAAAUAUUAAUAAUUAACUUUUUUUGUUAUUUUUUAUACACAUUUUAAAGCCUUAACUAUAUCAUCAUUGUACCUUUUUAUCACAUUGUAUUUCAUUUCUUCAUAUUGGUGUUGUCCGGUAACCAGUACUGUAUAUCUAAUAAUUUCUUCAUUUUUGUUAGCAUGGGAUAUACUGUAAAUAAACUAUAUAAUACUUACUGUUAACCAUUUUCUAUAUUAAAAAUGAUAUAUAGGUCUAGUUAUUAUUAUAAAAAAGAAAGAAAAAAAAAAGAUUUUUUCCUUUGUCUUGCAUUGUGGUACCUUAUAAAGUUUGCAUUGGCAGUAUAGUACAGCCAAGACCUAGAAAAAAAUGGGAUUUGUGUAAAAAGAAAAAAAAGAAAAAAACACUUUGUAUCUUUUUGUUGUUAAAUAAAAUGCAGACUCUGAAAUGA